AUGGCAAAAUUCAUGCCUUACGACGUCCAGCUGUGCUAUAAUCGCGAGAUUUAUACCGCGAGGAGUGAUGACAACAACAUGGCCAUAUCAACUGUAUCAAGUUACGAAAAACUAGACUAUAAUAAACCAUGUGUUCGAGCUCUAUAUUCUUUCCAAAUGCCGAAAAACUGUUGUGUUCCCCAUUGCACGAAGAAAGGAUACGUAGAAGGGGGGGAAAAGAUCUCUUACUUCAAGUUUCCACAGGAAAAGCAUCUGUUCGACGAGUGGAUUCGUGCGAUUCGUCGAGACGUUGGGCGACAUUUCAAGGUUACAGACAACACUCGUGUUUGCUCAAGGCAUUUUAAAGACGGGGAUUUUGAAAUUUCACUAACUGGCAGACGUACGCUUCGAGACGGGGCAGUGCCGUCGAGAUUCGAAUGGAAAACAGCUUCUCCCAAGAAGAGAAAGUCCCCAGCAAAAUCAAGAUCUAACAUUCAAUUUAUAGAUCCAGACUCUGACAGUGAUGAACUGGCUGGUCAAUCAUCUAGCCAUUUAGAGGAAGACGUUACGGGGCCAGAAAGGGAGGAAACAAACGCGUUUGAAACUGAACUCAACGAACUGAAGACCAGAGUCGAGGACUUGACGGAGAGGUGCACAAACAGUGAGCGUAAAGUGUUUUGUUUCAGUCGAUUUUACAAUGACAACAACAGUUUUCAAUUCUAUACUGGCUUUCCAGAUGUGAAACUAUUUGAUGCUCUGUAUGAGUUUUGUAAUCCCGGAGAACAUGGUGAAAAUAUUUCUUACUGGCAUUCUGCGACUACAAGUGAAGGUUCUACUUCUAGUGAUUUUUCAACAAAACAGGGCAGGCCAAGAAUACUUCAUCCCAAGGAGGAACUAUUUAUAACAUUGUGUAGACUGAGGCAAGGUUUCCCUGAAGAACACCUUGCACAUUUGUAUGGGGUGUCUCAGAGCACCAUUAGCAGAAUUAUUGUUACUUGGGUGAAUUUUCUUUAUUUGAAACUUAAGGAUGUACCAAUGUGGCCUUCUCGGGAGUUGGUGGAUAAAUAUAUGCCAGAGCAAUUUAAAGAAAAAUUUCCCUCAACUAGAGUGAUUAUUGACUGCACCGAGAUCAAAUGCCAGAUGCCAAGCAGCCUUCUCUUGAACAGUGAACUAUUUAGUUCCUACAAGAACAAUGCUACCCUUAAGUGUCUGGUUGGCAUAACUCCUGGUGGAGCAAUGUCAUUUGUUAGCCAACUAUACACUGGGCACAUCUCUGACCGAGAAAUUGUGAUGCGAAGUGGUUUCUUGGACCAGCAGUUCAAUAAUGGAGACUCGGUCAUGGCUGACAAGGGAUUCACCAUAGAUGACUUAUUACCACCUGGGGUAGGGUUGAAUAUACCUCCAUUUCUGGGAAUGCAAGGCCAAAUGAGUGCUGAAGAUGUAGUCAAAACCCAAAGUAUUGCUUCCCUAAGGGUGCAUGUUGAGCGAGCAAUCAACAAAAUUAAGAACUUCAAAAUAUGGGAUGGUAUUGUUCCACUGAACUUGUUUGGUGUCGUCAAUCAGAUGUGGACAGUAUGUGCCGUGCUGUGUAAUCUUCAGAAACCAAUAAUUAGUAUUUGAAUUAAGGAACUCAGUCAAUACACCCUUCUGGAAAGUUUUCAGUCUUGGCCAUACAGCCUCGUUUUUGUGAUCAAGAUAUUGGGUUUAGGACCUUUUAUCUUGUUGCAGGUGACAUGUCUACAAAACCAUUGGGUUAGAAUAGAUAACCUGACAGACCUUUAUAUGAUACCUCAAUCACAGAAACAAGGUUGUAUAGCCAAGACUGAUUACUUUACAGAAUGGUGUAAUUUGUUUAAGUGACAGUAUUGUGUAUAUGACUAUAUGGGCAAAUCACCUACUUGAAAAAGUCCUGAAAUUAUUUGAAGUAUGUAUUCAUAUUGUACAAAAUAUAAUCACUCAAACAUGACUGUGUCACUUUUGUCAGUUUUGAUGGGUAAUCACUCAGUGGCUUUUUUCCAAACUCAAAUGGUUUUAAUGAUCAGGUAAUUAACAUAACUAGUUAUAAUAAUUUGUAUGUACACCCUUAUUUUUAAUUUAAUAUUUCUGAAAAUAUAUACAAUUAUUCUAGUCCUCAAAUGAAACAGUUUUUUUGUUUUCACAGAAAUACCAUCGCUUGCAACUAAACAUUGAACUUUUGUCUAUUCUCAUGACAAAGUUCAAUGUUUUCACUGAGAAUCUUCAACGUUUGUCAAGAGCAUGUGAGUUUAAAACUGAUCAACCAAUCAUGAUAGACAAUGUUUUUAUCUGUGACUGUUCAUCCUUAGUUGCAAGUGACAAUAUAUUCCAUAGUAUAAAGUCACCUAAAAAUUCAAAAUAUGUAUAAUUAAAAAUGAGUAAUUAAAGUUUGUUAAAUUCAUUAUAUUGAAUUGCAUGAUGACU